UACAUUACCCAAUGUUAGUUGACUUCACUUCGUUACUCUCGAUUGUGCCAUAACGCUUCAAGCCCACACAAAUUACAAUUCACUUCUGUAUUUCUUUCGCUCUCUCACACCUCAACCAAACUUAACAACAGACCCCACACGACCUUUCUACCCACCGUCACCACCACCACCACCACCACCACCACGACCACCACUGCCACCAUAUUAACAACCACACAAAAAUAGUAAUCUUUUAAAUUAAGAAACAACAAGCACAAAAAGAAGGAAAAGGAAAAAGAAACCGAGACCAAACAAAAUGCUUAGAGAUGUGUCAAGCUGCAACACUUACAACUACGGUGAUGCUUUGUAUUGGGAUGCUCGUUAUGUGCAAGAAGGUGGUAGCUUUGAUUGGUACCAGCGUUAUUCCUCGCUUCGUCCCUUUGUUCGUCGCUAUAUACCUCUCUCCUCUCGUGUUCUCAUGGUUGGCUGUGGCAAUGCUCUCAUGUCAGAGGAUAUGGUCAAGGAUGGAUAUGAAGACAUAAUGAACAUUGACAUCUCUUCAGUGGCCAUCGACAUGAUGAGGAAGAAAUAUGAAUAUUUUCCUCAGCUCAAAUACAUGCAACUGGACGUUAGAGUGAAUUAUAUGUUAACUUUGUUCUUGCUGCUUAAAAUUACAACCAUGGACUUCUGGCUCGGUGAUUCUCAUUCAGGAACUCUUGAUUCCUUAAUGUGCGGAAAUGAUGCUCCAAUUAGUGCUGCUCAGAUGUUGGGGGAAGUGAGCAGGCUUCUUAAACCCGGGGGAAUUUAUAUGUUGAUAACCUACGGCGAUCCUACAGUAAGGAUGCUUCACUUAAGCCGGCCAGUGUACAACUGGAAAAUUGUAUUGUACAUAAUACCCAGGCCAGGAUUUGAAAAGCCAGCAGGCAGUUCCCCAUUGCGCUCCUUUAUGGAACCCGUGCCUAUCACAGAGAAGGGCUUACUUCCGGCAGACUUUGUAUUAGAAGAUCCAGAUUCCCACUUCAUAUAUGUGUGUAAAAAGAUGGAUGAAACAACAGAGCUCCGUAACUAUCCAUUGAUGGGUAAUGUUUUAUAAGAGUUUUGCAAGCUUCAACGUGCAGCAGCUGUGAUUCUUGGUGCUUGUAUACCACAGGGAUAAAGGAAUAGUCAUUGACAAGAUUUGAGUACUUUGUUACAGAAGAAGAGGGAUUGUGGUAUUGUCUGACGUAUUUUAUAGAACAAUUUGGACAUUUUAAAUCAACCCAAUAACAAGAAAUGAUAUUGGAGAUGAGUUGGUGACAUAAAGCAUUUUCAGUUUGUCAGUGUUUAUGUAUCAUUCAAAUUACAAAACUGGUUUCUAAUUUUAUUAGUUUUAACAGAAAUUUUAUUGGA